GUAGAACAGAUUGAGCAGAAGGAAGAGAAGCGGCGUAGUUCAAUGUUAUACGUGGCCCAUCGCUCGUACAGUGGCUCCUUCUGUCCGUUGUCAAUGGGAUGUCGGACCUGUUGUUCAAGGCCACUGCUGUCUAUCGACGGCACUCUGUCACUCAUAGUUGGAAAUGAAGUUCUGGUCUCGCGAUGGAGGAAGUACUGGUAUUACGGUGUGCUGAUGGAAAAUCAGGGUGAUUACCUUCAACCAGUGCCCGCUUCAAGGGGUUGGUUUCCUGCAAAAUGUGUCAAAGAAGUGCCUGCUGGCUACUUAGAUUCUGGCGAAAAACAUUCCGGCUCUGAGAAAAAACUUCUGUGA